CCGGGAUAACAAAACUAAAAAAGAGCCUUGCCAUUCCUUACUGACGGUUUUGAAUGAAUUAUAGGUGCUCAAAUAUGGAAAAUGAGAUAUCCAGUGAUGAUGUGAAUUCUUGUCUAACACAAGAAUACUACAAACUCUUGGCAAAAGUUGAAGAAUUGCUGAGAAAGAACCCAGCAAGAUCAGACGAUUUUACCAUCGACACCAUCUCUUUAAGAGCUGAUGGUCAUUUUGGCAAAUACAAGUUCAUUAACAUGUGUGUCCCUGAUUCAUACUUGAUGGCUUUGUAUAUUUGCUAUAUACAAUAUGACUGUAUUGCAUCUCUUUUCAAUUCUUUUGAAAAACUGAGAGCACCUAUGGUCUUUUUAAGAGAUGGAUUGUAUAAUGAGGCCAAAGCAUCUUGGCUCUUUGGGGGACUUGAUUGUCCCGCAUUUGAAGUGACCAAUGAUAUAUCUGAUAAUGAAAAGUUUGUAAUUAAUGCUUUAAGUGAGCCAAAGGAUCAUUUGCACAUGUUUAAUGAUCUUGUUUUGCCCAAAGACUAUAGCUCACCAUCUAUUAAACAAGUUAGCGAGAACUCCCUGAGUAAAUUUGAACAUCUUGGAGAUGUGCAUGGUUUGGGUUUCAGCGAUCCCCAUCCUUUACUCAUUCUGGUGGACACACAGCAGCAACUGGAUAAAGCACCACCUCUAUAUAUUGAUGAUUAUAACAGGACUUUUAAACUCCAGUUUUUGCUGAUGACAAGGCAAUCCUUUCUUACUCAUCUAAUUGCGGGCUUAAACAUGUUUGAUCGAUGGGUUCUCUACGAUGAUUUGAAGUUAUCUCCCUGUGACGACUUUAACCUCAAGUGUGCGGAUUUUACAGAAGAUUUUGUCAUCCUUUUUGCUGGCUAUGUUAAUAUAACACAUGACGAUCAAGACAGAGAUGUGCCUUUUGGAGUUGCUGAAGAGGGAUACCAAGGGACUGUGCCUUUUAAUCCUUCCCGUGGCUGUAAUGAUUAUGGAAAGGAACACAUUGAUUAAGUAUUGUGAAAGAAGAAAAUAAAUAAAUACAAAUAAAUAUGUAUAAAGGUCUGAACUCAUUAAUUAAAUAAACUCCAGCUGGUCCAAAAUGCAGCAACUGGAGUUCUUAUGCUGCUUAUUUAACUCAAAAGUCGAUUUUUCCCCACCUCCUACUUGAAAAUAAUGUCUAGAAUGCUGCUUGAAGUCAGACUGCUGUGAGCCUGUGAACUUGGGGCAGAUUGAUCAACACCGACUUCAGUGAGACGUGCUAUUUGAAAUCAUUUGAAAUGUCUAAUUAUUGAACAUUCCUGAAAAAUAGCAUAUUUCACAUAUGUUCUACUUUAUUUAAAAAAAAAAAAAAAAAAAAAAAAAAAAAAAAAAAGCAGUUUGGGUUAAGAGUCUUCUUUAAAAAACAUUAAAAAAUCGUACAGACUGCAGUGUAUAUCAGUUGUAUGUUUACAUUAUGAAAAAUACUUGUGGACACCUUAUGUGCCUUCAGUGAGACGUGCUAUUUGACAUCACUGUUUCAAACGAGCUUUAAAGCGGUGGCGCCAAAUGGCUUAUCUACGACGGCGUUUUAGUGCCACCUUAAAAAAUAAAAAAAAAUCUAAGAUUACGAGAUUAAACUCGUAAUAUUUCGAGAAUAAACUCGAAACUACGAGAAUAAAGUCGAAAUGUUACGAGAAUAAAGUCGAAAUGUUACGAGAAUAAAGUCGAAAUGUUACGAGAAAAAAAGUCGAAAUAUUUCGAGAAUAAACUCGUAGUAAUACGAGAUUAAAAUCGUAGUAUUUUGAGAAAUAAUGUCAAAAUUAGGAAAAGAAAGUCGUAUUUUACGUGAAUGUAUUGUACGCUUCCACCCACAACACAAACCGACUGAAGCUGUCAAUGCAACCAUUAAUUGCAAUGCCGUACGGCUUGAGUUUAUCAUAUGAAUCCAUAUGCCACAAUGCGCUGGGACCCCGGCUGAAGUACUGGCGAAGCCGUUUUUCUACUGUCGUGCCGAACGGUUCUUAAAACGCUGUCCGUCUCCGUUGGCAUGCAUAUCCCCUCAGCAUUUGUUGGUAACCUUAUACCUGUCGUCGCCUUUUGUUUAUUUUAUUUUUUGCGUUGUUUGUAGUUGUGUCCUUUUUUUCUGUUAUUUAACAAAGUCCCAAAAACAGAAACAUCUGAUCAUCAUCCAUAUCUCUGUUUAUAUUACAAUUGCGUUACCAAGGCAACGACUGACACAUUUGUGUUUACAUUCCAAAGAGUUCCGUUAUCAGCACCACAGUGGAAAAUGAAGCCGUAUCCGUGCUGACUGGCCCGGAUCGGCACGGAACGGAACGGUUAAGCGAAGAGAACGGUUCGGCCCGAUAGUGGAAAAGCGGCUAAAGUCUCUUGAGAAACAACAUCCUGUUCGAAUAGCACACAGAUGUAACCACCGAUAUCCGUGGAGUGGACCACUGGUCGCCAUUUCAGACUGCACAAAAGAGGCAAUUUCGGAGAAUAAAGUCGAAAUGUUACGAGAAUAAAGUCGAAAUGUUA